AUGGAUGCGAUGAUAACAAAAACAAUGUAGCAGUGAUGCUUCUUCAUCUGCUUCAUCUACCUCUCUCUUUCUCUGCAAGCCGGCCUUAACCUAAUCCCAAUUCUCACUCCCAAUUCGAUUCCUCUCUUUCUCCAUUCGAUUCCUCUGUUGUGUUAAUCAAUUUCACCCAUCACAAUUCGAAGAAAAUUCCCCAAAAUUUUAGCUAAUUUGGAUCAUUUGGUGCACCCUGAAAAUCUCCAAUCUUGUUGAUCACUCCAAAGUUCUCAUCUUUUUCGAUUUUGGUGAGGUGGGUCGAUCCAAUUUGGUUCCAAAUUCAUCUGGGUUUGAUCCAAUUUGGGUUUUUUUUUUUUGCUGGGGCUGUGAUUGAAUUGAAAUGGUCUAUUUCGAUAGCUCAAUCUCCCUCUCCAAGUCCUCCGUUGACCAACCACCUUCCAUGGCGAAUUCACUUGAUCUCGGUUCGAAGCCGAGGAAUCGGAAAGCUGUCAAUUCCCUUCAGGUUCCGCCCUGCCAGCGAUCUCAAUCGGCGGUGGUGGAUGUUGUGAUUUUCGUGGCGGUUGUCGCGGCUUUCGGGUUUUUGCUGUUUCCUUAUGUUAAGGCUGUGAUGACUGAGAGUUUUAAGAUUGGUGGUGUGAUCAUGAAUUUGGUGAGAGAAGAGGUUUCUGGUACUCCUUGGAUCUAUGUGUUCAUAGGGGUUUUUGUUGCUUGUGCUGUAUUCACCACAUGGUUGUUGGUGGCUUCCACAACAAGGAAAUGUGGGAACCGUUAUUGCAAAGGUCUCAAGAAGGCUGCAGAGUUUGAUAUUCAGCUGGAGACUGAGGACUGUGUGAAGAAUUCUCCUUCAUUGAGCAAGGAUGGUACAGUUAAGAAGGGUCUGUUCAAGCUUCCUUGUGAGCAUCAUCGCGAACUCGAAGCCGAGCUUAAGAAGAUGGCACCCCCCAAUGGAAGGGCUGUUCUUGUUCUUAGGGCAAAGUGUGGCUGUUCUGUUGGCAGGUUAGAAGUUCCGGGUCCCCGGAAGAAUCGAAAGAUGAAGAAGUAGGAUACAGUUAAAGAAUAAAAGACUCUUGACUCAUAGGCAGAAGAGGAUAAUUGAAUACAGAAUCUAGUUCUUAAUGGGAAGAGGAGUUUCUUAUAGUUAUAUUGGUCAUUUUAUUAGCAAUUAGGCUGUAUUUUAAAUAACCCCCUCCCCCAGGCAAUAAGUUGUAAGCAACCAUGGAUCAUACACAGUUUGGUUAUUUAUACAUGGGAUACUUUAAGAA